ACAGUGUUCAGUCGCAAUGUGAUCGAAGCACUUAUUUUGGUAGCUAUAGUCGACCACCCAAGUCUGCAAAUUUGUAGUGCUAGGCGGAGCGAUGCUUACAGUAUUCUUACAGUUCGUCUUGUAAGGGUAUCCCCAUAAUGGUCCCCAUUUCGUGAAUUCACUAGUUAGGGAGCGCUUUGGACAUCUCCGUUCCCCACGGGAAGUCUCCAAGAGAAGGAAACCGUCAAACCGCGGAAGUGACGUCGAUGCGAUCCUUCAAUCGCCUCUAAAGAUAAAAGGCCCUCGGCAUCUCACUUGGGAGGGUAACGGUACCUACUAGGUACACCAGGUUUAGAUCCCACGAUUUCGAGGCAACCAAUAAUCAGAUUGGAAACACAACCCCACAUCCGAAAACAAUGCCCGAACCAAGUCAAGAUACCCCCUUCCACGUCCUCGUCUUCAGCAAAACCACGGGCUACCGCCACACCUCCAUCCCCGCGGCCCUAACCGCACUCCAAGCCCUCGCAUCCCGCACCGGAAAAUUCACCAUCGAGGCCAGCGAAGACGCAAACGCGACAAUCACUGCCCCCUCACUCAACCGCUUCGCAGUCGUCAUCCUACUGCAGAACACUGGUGACUUCCUCGACGAAACCCAACUCGAUGCCCUGAGGCAAUUCCUCCGAGCCGGCGGCGGCGUCGUGGCGAUCCACGGCGCCGCAGCCGGCUUGCUCGAUUGCGACUGGUAUGGCGAGCUCAUCGGCGCGCAUUUUGCGAAUCACCCCGAUCCGGAAAGGGGAGAUGUUUUGGUCGAGGCGCCCGAGCAUUGGAUUUUGAGGGGUUGUUGUGAGGGUGAGGCUGGGCGGAGAAGGGAGGGAUGGAUGGAUGAGUGGUAUAAUUUUACGACGCAUCCGCGGUCGAAUCCGAGGUUGAAGGUGUUGCUGAGGGGGGAUCCGAAGUCUUUUAGUGGUGGGCAGAUGGGGGAUGAUCAUCCGCUGUCGUGGUGUCAGGAGUUUGAGGGUGGGAGGGUGUAUUUCACGGCGCUGGGGCAUUUUGACGAAGCGUACAGCAAUGGGUGGUUCAUGGAUCAGAUUUAUCGGGGGAUUCUAUGGGCUGCGGGGCGGGGCGAGGUGGAAGGGUGAAAGGUUUAAUGGUAGUUAUGCACCGUGACCCAUUUCUAGUGACUUUGUAGAGGGAUGGUAGUAGCUGGAGGAUGGGAUGCCCAAUACCAGCAACACCCUCAUCUGCACGGUAGGAGUACAGCAUUCGGGAAAUGAACUAGCUUGGCCCUACCAGAGCUUACUUUAUAGACCAUUGCUGUAAUACUGUGGAAUCUGACGAGUCGGAGCAAGCUCAGGGUCCCACUUAGACAUGAUAGGACAUCACUGCUACUAAACUCUGAGGGCCAAUGUAACGAGGGCUACUAUACC